AAGGUGCGGGCACUCAGGGACGCGCAGGCGCGGGGAGGGUGCGGGCACUCGGGGACGCGCGGGCUCGGGAAGGCGGGGGCGCGGGCACGCGGGGACGCGCGGGCGCGGGCGGGCCGGUGCGCAUGCUCGCCGGGCCGCGCGGGCCUGGAGCAUCCCAGGGAGGGCGGAGUCUCAGGUCUGUGCGUGGCGCCCCUGGCGGGGUGCGGGGUACUCGAGGGGGGCUUUCUGGGGCGAGGGCCUGUCCUGGGAGGGGCGCGCCGGCCUCUGGGGGGCGCUGAGACGCCGGCCUCGGAACUGCGGGCGGUGCGGUUGGCGGCAGGCCGCGAAACCAUGAAUAGAGGCUCUGCAAUCCACAUUUUUUGGGGUGCUCCAAUUGGUCCAUUGAAAAUGAUGGUAUCACAGGAACCAACUUCUUUAAUGUCCACUACUGACCGCUGGAAAAAAGUUCAGCUUUUAUACAAUCAACAUUCUUUACAUCUGAAGGAUGAAAAAUGCAAGAAUAAAAAUGUGGAAGAUUAUCAAAUCCUAGACGCUGCUGCCCCUCCAGAUCUUCGUAAUGGUCAUUUUUUAGGAAGCUCCCCGAGUAGAUCUGUUUCUGUGAACGAUGACUGUAUACACUGUCUUUCCGAAACACAGACUCGAAAAUUCCAGAAGAGUCACCCCUUAGGGAUGAGUGACUUAACCAAAUCUGAUGUCCAAAUAUGUGGAUGUAAAGGCCGAGUUCAGCGUUUAACUGAAGAGGAAGAAUAUCAGGAGCUUUUCAGUGAAAAUAAGAAAAUCACAGUUGAACAGCAUAAACAUCAAUCAAAUAUAUGUGGUCAAAAUGUCCAAAAACAUUUCUUUCAGUUAGACCAUGAGUGUGCAGCUGCAUGGGAUUUGGUGUGUAAUACCGAGCAGAUUAAUACAGGGCCAGGAGCUAUCGGCAUGAGGUGUAUACCAACAGAGCAUCAUGGAACUCAAAACCAGAGUCUGGAAAAGAGCUCUUUGACCACACGAGAUAAGCCAAGGUCUGCGGGAGCAGUCGGGAAGGUCUCAGACCUUACGGCAUCUACUGAAACGGAAUUCCUCAGUAUAAUGACCUCCAGCCAAUUUGCUUUUUUAGCUCAAAGGAUAAAUAAAGGGGAGAGUUCUAUAAAUAAAGGGACAGUGAACACGGAGGUUGAAGCUGAAACAAGUCCUGGGGAAAUAAAAAUAAUUAAAGAUAAGUUGAUUCAGCCUGAUGAUGAUUUUGUAGAAAGAUAUGAAAGUAGACAAAACCAAGCAUAUUCCCUUGAACUUUUCAGUCCUGUUUUUCCUGAAACAAAAAGUAGCCACAUUCACAUAAAGUCUGAUAAAGGUCUUAAAGAAAAUGUGGAAUCUCAAGAACUUUUCAGUUUUGAAGAUAAACUGCCAUCAAAUGAGAUACGUAUUGAGUCAUGUAGGCCCGGAAUUCUGUGUUCUCAAGCAAAUGCCUUCCACAAAAGUCCUACGAAACGGAAUUGGACCUCUGAAGACGAAUCGGGCCAUCUCAAAGCCCUCCACGUUUCUAAGAAAACUAAGUUGGUUUCUAAUGCAGGAGGCGCUGCCACAGCAACAGACCAGAGGAGUGUGUCUGAAUUCAAGGGCAUUAAGAAAACAUCAUUAAUAAAAAAUUGUGAUUCCAAAAGUCAGAAGUAUAAUUGUUUAGUCAUGGUGCUAUCUCCAUGUCAUGUGAAAGAAAUAAAUAUAAAAUCGGGACCAAAUUCGGGCUCUAAAGUGCCUUUAGCAACAGUUGUGGUAAUUGACCAGUCAGAAAUUAAGAAGAAGGUUUUUCUGUGGAGGACGGCCGCACUUUGGGCCCUGACAGUGUUCCUUGGAGAUAUACUUUUACUCACAGAUGUUACUGUUUAUGAAGAUCAUUGGGUUGGUGAGACAGUACUACAAUCAACAUUUACCAGUCAGUUAUUAAAUCUUGGGAGCUAUUCAUCUGUCCAGCCUGAGGAGUAUUCCAGUAUAGUUAGUGAUGUUGUACUUCAGGACUUACUGGCACAUGUAUCUUCAAAGCAUUCCUAUCUCCGAGACCUCCGUCUGAGGCCGCCCCAGGAAGUGAGCAGCGUGGAGUUUGUGGCUCUGGAGCAGCUCCAGCCCGGUGUGCUAGUCCAUGUGCUGCUCAGAGUGGUGGAUGUCACUGUACUGACAGAGGCGGUAUAUAGUUAUAGAGGACAGAAGCAAAGUAAAGUUCUGUUAACAGUGGAACAGGCCCAAGGUCAACAUUAUGUGCUUAUAUUAUGGGGUUGUGGAGCAGCCUGGUACCCUCAACUUCAAAGGAAAAAAGAUUAUAUUUGGGAAUUUAAAUAUCUUUUCGUUCAGCGCAAUUACAUCUCAGAAAACCUAGAAUUGCAUACAACACCUUGGUCAUCCUGUGAGUGCCUGUUUGAUGAUGAUAUAAGGGCUAUUACAUUUAAAGAAAAAUUUCAAAAAAGCAUGUCCUCUUUUGUGAAGAUGUCAGAUUUAGCAACACACCUGGAGGAAAAAUGUUCAGGAGUGAUUCUAGUCAAAGUCCAGAUUUUAGAGCUAGUGUUUCAUGCUACAACAGUCCAGCAGAUAGUUAUAAAUGCUCACAGUUCUCUGAAGAGCAUUUUCUCUUCUCUUCCCAACAUCACGUAUACUGGCUGUGCAAAGUGUGGAUUGGAACUAGAAACAGAUGAGAACAAGAUCUACAAACAGUGUUUUAGCUGUUUGCCAUGUACUACAAAGAAAAUAUACUACAGGCCAGCUUUAAUGACCAUAGCUGAUGGGCUAUCUAAGGUCUGCGUUCAUGUAGGAUCUAAGGUGAUGGAGAAGAUUCUUCUCAACAUUUCUCCUGACUGGCUCAGCAGAGUUAUAGCCCCGCCCUCGGAGGUCACCUAUGGCUUGGUCGCAGCAGAUGUGCUCCACUCCUUGUUGGCAGCCUGCGGAGCACCCUGUGUCCUGAAGGUGCAGAGCCUCUUCGUGUUGGAGGAAAACAGCUACCCGCUGCAACAGGACCUCUCCUUGCUGGACUUCUUGCCUGCCUGGGGAGCGUGCUCCUAGCCCUCCCUGAGGCCAGUGGAGACCAUGGCACUUCAAGGAGACCACAGAAAAGGAUUUGUUUCCAGCCCAAUGAAUGACAGGACUUUUGCUUGGGGUUUUUAAAUACACAGGUGUGGGCAAAAGUAGGUUUAUAGUUGUUCAUAUGGAAAAUAAUACAAUAAUUAAUAAAUCCUAUAUAAUAAAACUAUUUCCUGGGGGGGGGGUUGGGCCUAAGCUGGCAGGUGGACUGCCCCUGAGGGGUCCCAGACGGUGAGAGGAUGCAGGUCGGCCUGAGGGACCUCCCCAAGUGCACGAAUUUUGUGCACCAGGCAUCUAGUAAUAUAAGAACACACUUUCACAUGCAACUGUAACCCUAUUUUUGCUCACCCUUGUAUUUUAUAAAGAGCUAAAUAAAGAUAUUUAAUAAAGAGCUAAAUAUGUAAAAUAAAACAUUUUUUUCUAAGAAAAUUUUGUUGGGAUUUUUGUUUUUAUGUUUUCCUUUCUUGCUUUUAGCGCAGCGAUUUUAAACCUUUUUCAUCUCAUGGCACACAUAAACACUAAUUACUAAAAUUUUGCUGAUCUGACAAAAAUAGGUAUAAUUUGAUUCAUUCACACUGGACAACUAUUGUGUUGGCUGUUGUCAUUUUUAUUUGACAGUCUAAGGGAAAAGAGAGCAGUGCCCCUGACUAAAUAGUCAGGUGCUGCAUGUUUUAAAAAUUCUUGCAGCACACUGGGUGAAAAUUGCUGUUCUAGAGAAAUUAUCUAGCAAUAACGGCAAUGUAUUUCUGGGAAUUGAAGGUUCACUUUCUACAGUCCUUGCCACAGUCUAGGUGCUGAGCUAAGUACUGCAGAUGCAGGUUAACACUUCCUCAGGAACUCCUUUCUGCUCUACUCUCAAACUCUAGUUUUCCUUAUUCCUCUUUCAUAAACUAUUGCCAUGAGAUGAUUUCCUUAAUCAUAACUACAUGUAAUAAUGGGCUAGUUUGAAUAAGCCCACGUUUAGACAAGUUCAAGAUGAACAUGUCUUUUUAUGAAGAAUUGAAAAUGAUGGAGACAAGGUCAUGCUUCAUUUUACAGAGGGAGGAAGCGCCACAUUGUGAGUUGGGAUUUGAGUGCCUUACUGAACUGACUUACCAACAAACAUUUAGCAACUUUUGUUCUCAUUGUGUUUGUCAAAGAAGCUCAUAUAAAAUGGUAAAAUGAAGAAAUAUGGAGUGGCACUUAACUUGUAAAUAUGGAUGGAGUAUGUUGUGACUUAAUGGAUUAAUAAUAUUGCUUGAAAACAACUAAAAACAACUUGAUGAAAUUAACAAGUUUAUUUUACUAUGUCUGUGUUUUGUUAAAUUCCUAUAGUUCAUUGAAAUUAUUUUCUCUAAUUCAGGUUUUUUCCUUUUUU